AAUCAGCUCGGACAGGCUGCGCAGGCGGCCAUGUAACUAUUCUGCGUGCGUCAGCGACCUCGUGCGCGCGCUCGCACACGUCUCAGGUGUGCGCCAGGUGUAGCCCCGGACCCGCCCACAAGGCAAACUCCUGUCAGCCAUAAACUGCAGCCUGUCAGUCCGCAAGAGAGCACCGCAGAGGGAGCACAACAGUCUCCAGAGUUCCAGAAAAACAGAGAGGACUUCCCUGCUUCACUGGGCAAACUACGGCAGCUGAUAGAAGACAAAGUUCACAUCCUACAAUUCCCCAUCACUGAGGAGCAACAGAGUCUGGUGUGUGAGGAUAACACAGGACGAGGAGGACUGUGGAGGUUUGCCGUUUUGAGUGAGCAGCUGACCUUUCACCUCCAGCAACUGCAGAGACAGACAGAGCAGGAGCUCAGCAACAUACACGCACAACUCUUGCAGAUUAAAGGCCGUCAACAGCUGCUGACCACUGAGCUUUUUAAUCUUCAGGAGAAGGAGAAGCAGACUGAACAAGAGCCGACGAGAAACUCCAGCUUUCAGACGUCCACUUUGUGUGCUUGUCGGGAGCUUCAGGGCUCCAUCACAGAGCGUUUGCUCCAAUCAGAGAGGCUGGUGUUCCAGGAGGAGGCACUGAGCGCGCUCCAUAACCUGCUGACCCAAGACCUGCAGAGGUACCAGGAAGAGACGCAGAGACUGACCUGUUUUACACAGAAAAUACUCAAACAAUCCCACAGCUCAGACAAAGAAGAAACAUUCACCAGCAGACCGAGAGACCGCAGCAUGCAGGGAAAGAACGAGACAGAACAAGAAAACAACAUGCGCGCACCCGAGUCCUCUUCCUCCCAGCCACCACUUAGUCCUCACCAGACCUCCAACGAAGAAGUGGCAGAGCAGACCUGGAGAGCCAGUCACAAGAAACCAUCUCCAGGCCUGCCCCGCAGGUCAAACCUGCACCGAGCCGGCAGCAUCAAAGACCUGAUCAGUAAAUUCUCUGGUCAAGAUCACGCCUCUACUUCCAGUUCCCCACAGAGCCCCUCCUCUGGAACAGGACCAAAGUCUGCUUCUGCAGAGGCCCUCGAGUCUCCAAAUUCCAAGUUGAGUCAGUCCACGCCAAGCAGCGUCGGACGAGACGAGAGUCUAGUUCCCAGCAUCACUGUGACCCCUCCGUUAAGGGAAACCAGUCAGAACGGGGCUGAAACAGCGCAGAGAGGUACCACAAGUCAGAUCACUGCGCGAAUCGAUUGUCCAGUAGGAAGCAGCACUGAGAAGACUGAUUCACAACCAGGGAACAAAACACAAACCACAGACUCUGGUAGAGACUCAGUGGCUGACUCUGGCAUGGGUUCGGAGUCUGAAUUCGAUUCGAACAAGCAGCUAGACAGCCCGUCAGAGGACGAGCCCCCCACACCCCGGAUGGUGCCGACCAGCCAGAACCCGAAAUAUCAGCUGUUCCUCAACAACGAGAUGAGGACCAACGGGGUGAGUGGCAGGGAUGCAGAUGGUCUGAGAGGCGCCGGGUCAGUGGGGGAGAACAGCCCCAAGCUGGCCCAAUGGGAGAUCAAUCGGCUGGGGCUGAACAACUACAGAGGGUCCCUGGAGUCCCUGGCCUCGCGGGACUGGGACACUAUGUCUGACAGGUUUGGUGUUGGUGACAGCCCCUCCAGGGUGUUCAACAGUCCAUACUCCACGGCCACCUCCAUGGAUUACAACCCCAUGUACCGAAUGUCUGAGUUCAAGGUUCAGGGUGGACUGUCUCCUACCACCUCAGAGAUGAACCUGUACAGCUUCAACAGUCGCAGCACCAGUCCAGUGGGCAUGGUCACGCCCACCCUCACCUCCCCCCGCACCCGGUUCUCUGCCUACGACACUCUGGUGAAGAGGAGGACAGAGCUCAACAACACUGUGGUACCCACCCACUACAGCAUGCGCUCUGCCACUCUGGGGGCGCCCAAUAAAAAAGACUACAUAGAGGAGUUGACCAAACAGAUGGACGCCUGCCAGAAGCGUAACCAAUUCCUGGAGGCAGAGAGUGUGGAGAUGGAGAAGGAGAGGAACCAGAUAAGGUUUGAGAUGCGUGGCCUGCUUGUGAACAACGAGGACCUGCUGAGGACCAACACUCAGCUGUCCAACGAGAUGAAGAGGAUGAGAGAGCAGAUGAUAGAGAUGGAGAGAGAGAACCAAUCCAUGGGCGAGAAAUACAGAGAGAUGGAGAUUGAGGUGAAGGAGGCCCGGGACAUGAUGGUGGAGGCCAACACUCAGGAGUAUGCCUUCAAUUUUCUCCAGCAGUCCCUCAAAAACAAGAUCCAGGACGCUGAGGAGAACCUAGAGAAGCAGACGCAGCACGCCCAGGCUCUGGCUGAGAAGUUGUGGCUGGCAGAGAGACAGCUGGAGGAGCUGGAGGUCGACAAAGACACUAAAGACAAGAGGACGUAUGACCUCAACAGCACCAUCAUCAGACUGGAGACAGAGCUGGAUGAGGCCCUGAAGGUGUCCACGCAGGCAGCAGCGGAGCUGAGCCUGCAGCAGAAGCUGCGCGAGGACAGCCAGCUGAGGGUGGAGGAGCUCGAGGAGUCUCUGCUGGAGAAGGAUCAGGAGCUGCAGAGACUGCAGGACCUCGUCAACAGACUGCAGGGAGAGGUCUCUGGUAAGCUGAUUGAUAAGGAGCGGACGCUGGAGGAGGAGAUCCAGCUGAGAGAGAGGAUACAGCUGCAGUGUAAGCAAGCGGAGAGGACGGUGGACGACCUCCACAUGGAGCUGCAGAGCACCAACCAGACCAAAGAUGACCUGGUCAAACAACUCAAACAGGCUCAGGAGAAGAUGAUCGACCUGGAGAGCGAUCUGGAGGAGCUGCAUGACAGCGAGCUGAGAUGGGCCGCCAAACACAAGAGAGCUAUCGAACAGACUGAGCAGCUGCAGCUGAAGCUGAUUCAGGAGAAGGAUCUGAACGACCUGCUGGAGACUGAGAAGGCCACCAUGGAGAGACAGCUGCGCGAGCUGCGUCUGGAGGUGGAGGAGCUUCACAGCUCCAGAGUUCAGGAGGAUGUCAUCUCCAGGACGGAGAACAGAGUCAAAGAGCUGGAGAACGUUCUGAGGACUGAGGAGAGGAACAAAUCAGUUCUAGUAAACACCAUCAGUAAACUGGAGAGGAGGAUCAACGAGCUCAGCGAUCAGAUGGAAGAGGAGAACAGGAUAGCUACCGAACAGAAAGACCUGAUGACCCAGAGGAUCCGCACUCUGAAGCGGCAGCUGAACGAGGCGGAGGAGGAGGCGAGCAGGAGGGAGGCGCAGAACCGCCAUACCCAGAGGGAGCUGGCCGAGGAGAGGGAGACGAGCGGACGGCUGCAGAGGCAGCUGCUCGACCAACACAUGCAGACAAAGCGUAAGGAGACUCUGACAAUUCGUCAAACUCUGGACAACCUGAGGUUGGACCUGAGUGUCGACGAUGAAGACGACGAUCACCUGCUGACAAACAACUUCACCAAAGUCUAAACCCUCACACUCCACAUUCUCUCAUUACAAAACAAGUGUGUAUAUGUAUAUUUUGAAAAGCAUAACACAGGCUACAGCUUUACACUGACAGUGCAGUUACGGUGUGUUGAUGUGAUAUUUUUUAAACCUGCCCCCAUCGCUUUAUUACAGUGACAAGAGGCAUCUGCAGACUGCACAAGUCCAUUCUUCCAAAGGGGAAAAAAAAGACUCCAGGCAGACUGACGUCUGUUGUGAUGAACACACAACGUACAAAAAGUACCGUAUGAGUGACGUGAAACACAAAGAGCCAGCAGAGAAACUUAAAAGUGAAUAUUGUUAAAUCAUAUAGUUGGCUGCCCAGUGUCUAUAUGUGGGAUCAGACACAACAGAAAAUAAGGAUAAGCAGAAAAUAGCUUGUGUGAAAUAAAAAUAUUGCCUUGUACAACAAUUUUAAUUAUAGCUAUGGGGGGGGAUUACUAUGUAAUCUGGUACUAAUUAUAGAGACAAAAUUAUUGAUUUUCCUUAAAAGAUCUUUUCCAUUUAAACACAAAUAAAUUCAUUAUGCAUUAAUUACUGGACACUAUAAUCUCCUUAUACUGUAUACUGAAUUGUAAGCCUGCUUGUAGACAAAUUUGAAAUGUUUGCAUGUUUAGCUGACCUCCUAUGCACUGGCUAAAAAACUCUCAAGGUUAAACUUGCAAUUAAUUUAAAUUAAUUGGAAGUGGCAUAGUUCUUUCCAGGAAACCUAUCAAGAAAUUGUUAGGACAUUCCAGACCUUACAAAUGUAUCGCCCUCUCCUGGUGAACAGCAGGAACGACAACAGUAACCAUUUACAAAAAUAAUAAUAAUCACAGAGCACUGUAGAGAGAAGGUCGUGGUGGGCUUACAGCCUCACUGUCAGUGCAACGGACUCAGACACAUCAGAUUCACCUUUCAACAAGUCAAAUGCCUCUUUUGACAUGUUGAACAUCAUCUUUUCUCCUUUUCUAUUACAUAGAAUAUUAAAUAGAAUCAUGGUGCAUCUACUUGUUUGCCAAAGAAAAUAAAUGUACAUGAGCUUGGUACAGAGAGAUGUUGACCUACAUAAAGGGAAAACUUACUAGUGACAAUAAUGACAUAACAAGGAUAAAGGUGCCUUGUAGUUUUUAAUAUCUUCUUGUAGUUGCUACAACAGACAGCUGGAGUCUGUUCAAAUUAGCUUUAAACAGCCAGAAGUACAUUUUAGAGUCUAUAGAGUGUUUAUAUGCAUGCAGUUGCACAAAAGCUUUAUGGCGGUAAAGUCUGAACGAGCACUUUUAACUCUGACAGACUUCUGUUGGAUGACAUUUGUAACGGGACUUUGGGAAUCCGUUUUUUCAGUUUUUAGAAUCACUGAUUUCUUGUAAAUUUAACAAAUGUCUCCAAUUUUGCAGCAUUAUUUGUCUAUAUUCGAUUGAGUUUUGCUGACAGUUCUUUCAUAAAGAGGGAUUUUCCAUGUUAGAAGCUGUUUAGUUUAACAUUUAUAACACAUUCAUCUACAGUAUUUAAACAUAUUCCACACUGGUUGUUGACAUAUUACAGGGUAAUGACACACAACAUGACUGCGGAGGAGGGAUCUUUGGAUGUGCUUGUAGCAGUUUUUGAUUCACACACAGAAACAAUUAAGAGAUUAUUUAUAUUGAAACCUUUUUGUGUUUGUUGUUUUUAUGAUUUGAAAAUUUACUUUUCUGUUUGCAAUGGCUUGCAGGGCAAAACAUUAUUUUAGAGAAUGAAAUUUUGUAUGAUUUUAGAGUUCAGUUUUUUUAGGGGGUUUGCUCCCUAAAAAAACUAGAUACUUGGCAUUAAUCUCCAUCUUUGUUAAUUGUAUUUUAUCCAAAUUCACUCAAACCAGACAAAAAUAAAAAAGAAUGUUUUCUCAAAGUACAGAUUUUAAAUGUUUACAGCUGAGACGUUUUAGCUCUCAGAAGUAAAAUAAAGGUCUAAAUACAGUUUUGAUCUAAGAUGUGUGUUAAUGCAAAGUGUGGAAGAGGCAGAAAACAACAACAACAACACAAUUUAACAGUUUAUUGUGUUAGAAACAGAUUAUAUGCUAUGUGGUUUUCUGUACCAUCUGUUAAAUGUUCUGUAUGCUUUGUUUUGGGAUUUUUUUCAAAAGAAAACUAAAUGCACAGACAAACAGGGUUCAGGUUCAAAAAUCACUGGUUUCAUUCUCAAAUAUCGACAAAGUUCACCACUACUUCAGUUUUAAAGACCACUCACUUCUUCCUUUUGAUUGAGUAAAUUAAACCUAGCCAUGUUAUAAUAGUUCUCUGCAUGUUCGUUGCUUUAAGGACAUCUGUCAUACACACAUAAAGCUCAUAUUCAUAUGCAGUUUGGAUUCUCUGUAUACAUUUGUUGGUGUAUUUAGCUUUUUUGGAAACAGGAGUAUAAAUCAUGUUUUGUCUAUGAAAGAGUUUCAUAUUUCAGCUCUGCCACUUGUGUUUUUUGGUUUAUCUUUCCUCAUAACAAAAGAAAGUGACGGUGUCUACAUAUAUGUAAAAAGAAAUAGAAUACACUGACUUAUUUUUGUAACUACAUUUCACAUUCUACUAGUUCUAAUGUUCUCGGGUAUUUAUUUUAGUUUUUCACAUUCUCUCUUUUGGUGAGAAGUUUCUUAGUAGAAAAUGCAAAUAAAUUCUUCUCCACUGUGAA